AUGGAAGCACAAGUCAGACUCUUACAGCUGAAAGAGCAGCGCUUGCGUCUGUAUCGAGUUUUCGCGACGGAGCCUUAUGCAGAGAGCGUUCGAAAACGCUCGGCUGCCCGUGUGUGGCAAGAUCCCGGUUUGCAACUUCGGCUCGCUCGGAGCGUCGCCCAAGGGUGGCUCGCCGCUCCAGACUGCAGUUGUGAGCGUUGUAUGGCUAUUUUUGAAAACGAACAAGAUGCAAAGCAGCGACUUGCCCGUCAAGGUAGCACGGCCCUGGACAGACUAGACGUCCGACGCGUACGCAAGGCACUUGUUCACGAGCUCGCCUAUUGCCCGUUGCUUGCGAACUCGUGGCGUCGUGAAGGAGCGCCUACCUGGAGCCUCGAGCAGCGCGAAACGCUUUGUCGAGGACCUGACAAGCGCGCGCGCGAGUCCGCCAGUACGAGGCGGAACGAGAGCACGAGCGCGGGGGACACGAGAUCACCCAGUUUGUCUGGAAGCGAAAGCACGACGUCGAUGGCCGUGGAUGCAGAGAUCGAGGACGGAGGCCAAGAGCAAUUUCCUGGGAGAGAACCUCCAUGGGCAGUGCAGCUCAUGGAGCUCCAGCAGGUAUGGGAGGUGGCGACGACGCCGGUGCCGCUGCACGAAGCUUUCGCCGCGGCUACUCCAUCCCGCGACACCCUCCACGUGCCUGAUUCCGAUGCCGAUGACUCUGAGGAUCACCAAAAUCCUGUCAACCAGGAUGAAUCUCCGAGCCGAUAG